AACGGUUUAUUUGCUAAGAAUUUAUUUGAAAUUUUUUGUUUAUUUGAUUUCCUUUUUUAUUUUUUCUCACUUUCAAUCAUUGGCAGCAACUUGUUGUUCGUCUGCCGGCAAAUGCUCUAGACCAACCGGAAGUGUAAAAAAUUACAGUUAAAAAAAAAAAAAAUUCAUUUUUGAAAACAAUCCACUUAUGGUCUUUUUAGACAAUUUAAUAACACAAUAACUGAAAUAUAAAAAAAAAAAAAAAAAUUAAAAAAAUAAAAAACUAAUUUUUAUAUACAUUUUUCAAAUUUACUGAAAUUUAAUAACCAUUUCAACAUGUGUGCCGUGAUUUUUUUAUUAAGUGCUUUUCUUUCCUUGGUCGACUUAAGUAAAGCGGAUGGCGUUCAUUGGGGUUAUCCAGACUUAAAUACGAAUCAAGAAUUCCCAAACUGGGGUGGUCUCUGCGACACCGGUAAACUUCAGAGCCCUAUUAAUUUAAGCCUCCGACGGGCGGUGAAGGGUAUUUAUGAAGUUCCUUUGCAAGGCAUAAAUUAUGGUGAAACGAUAAAUGCAGUGACUUUGGUAAAUAAUGGCCAUUCAGUACAAAUUUCCAAUUUUGGCAUUGAUCUAAGACUAAAAGGUGGCCCUUUGGCUAGUGAUUACAUAUUGGAACAAAUUCAUUUUCAUUGGUGGUCCGAACAUACCAUCGAUAGCGUGCGCUAUCCAUUUGAGGCACAUUUGGUUCAUCGCAAUGCAAAUUAUGAAAAUAUAACUGCAGCUGCUCAGCAAAAAGACGGUAUAGCUGUUUUAGCGAUUCUCUUUCAUGCUUCUUUACAGCGUAAUGAAGCCAUCGAUGAAAUUUUGGAAUAUUUACCUAAAGUUAAUAAAUAUGAACACAUCAAGAAGCCGAUUCGUGUUAAUGUUGUUUUUGAAGUUGACGAUCUGCUCCCAGAGAUGGACAACUAUUUGACAUAUAAUGGAUCAUUGACAACUCCAAGCUGCUCCGAAGUGGUUACUUGGCUCGUAAUGGCUGAAACAUAUCCCAUAACCAUAGAUCAGAUUGAAGCAUUCAAGGCUGUGGAAUUUGAAUCGGGAAGAACUUUAAAUAACAAUUUUCGUUUUGUUCAAAAUCUCAACGAUCGCGCUUUAAUUAUUGUCGCAAAUAGAAAAACCGAUGACUUAAGUGAUAAUUCCUCCAGUCGUCUUCACUGCACCGCAGUUAAUGUGAUUCUUUUCGUUUUAAUUGUGAAAUUAUUUUUAUAAACAGCGCCAUUUUGCCAAGAAACUUUUUUUUUGUAGUGAUUUCUGCUCGAAAAUACCAAAGACAUUUGCUACGGCGUGACCAUUCGAGUAUAUUUCGGGAAUUAUUACUCUAUUGUCGGAGAGAUAGUUACGUGUAAUUUAAGCUAAUGAUACUAAGUUGUGUGUGUCUUUUUUCAAUGAGACUUUUCGCUAAAACUAGUCAAAUUUACCAUAUAACUGAUUAUAUUAUAAAGAUUUAGAAAGAUAUUUUAUGUGUCAACCGGCUCCGGCUGGACCCAAAAAACAAAUUUUUUUUAAUAAAAAGCAAAAUUUAAAAAAUUGUUAAACAAGAUUUUAGGGAUGUGCCAAGAAUUCGAAAACAAACUUUCUUUUUAAAUUUUUUGCAGAGUUUACAAAGAAUUUUGUUUAUGAUAAAAAUGUUGUUGACCUUCAUUGGCAUGCCAGUCAAGUUUAUUUUUCUUAAUGAACUGGAAGAGUUCUUUCAGAGUAAUUAUUACUCAAAGACAUUCAAUUAUGUUUGAUUCUUUGGUUCUAAGAUGAUUUUAUACCUAAUGUUGCCGUCACAGUGAGUUUAUCUGUCGCCUCAUUUAAUCUGAUAUGAUACCUCGGUCAAUGAUUUCCCGGGACUGAUACAUGAUGCAUGCAUUACAUGACGAUCGAUUUUAGAAAAUGCCAAUGCCAAAUGUCAAGUGGCUUAUGAAAAUGUUAUGCCAUUUCGAUCAUUUCGCCACAUAUGACAACAGGUUUAGUCAACUUGCUUUUGCUAUUUUCAAAGCAAUGCGAAAUGGGAAUUUUAUGUGCCGUCCUAAUAUACAGAUUUUCGGGAGGAGAAUAUAUUUUUCAAGCUAAAAAGUGCUUUCAAAGGUGUUUUGGCAACAUUUCUCGGACGAAAAGAAGAAUUUAUUGAUGACGCGCUGAUCUUAGAAGAGACCUGUUGAACGUAAUGGACGUCCAGAGAGAAACCGACAAGUGAAGUUGCAAGAGGCAGCCGACAUCCGAAAGAUAUCAAGAUGCUGCGUAAUCAUUGCUUUGCUUGUGUAUGAGAAACCUUCCUUUCCAAAUAGGGAGCAAUGAAACAAUAACAGUUAAAGUAGUAAAAUUGCCUGAAAAUUGUAUAAAUUGAAAUAUUUUUGCUGCAGAGGGAAAGAGUUAUAUCAAAUGAUGAGACUACUGCGGAAACUUAGAGUCCAGAUAAAUCGUUCUAUAAGAAAUUAGAAAAAUAUCACAGAAACGUUGAACUAAUUGGAUCAAUUCCUCUUGAAGCAAACGUUGCAGAAAGUACGCGUUUUUCUUAGUCUCGCAAAUUAUUGACUGACAUGCUGAAAAGGGGGAAAAAGUUAUUCUCUUGAAAAUCACUUCAUCACAUGAUAUAAACUUAUGUGUGUUUUUGUCACACUGAAGUACAAUACGUUAAAAGGAUAAAAAUUAAAAAAUUAAGGAAACAUUUUCGAUUUUAUCACUAAGUUUGAUGGGAUUAUUUUUUGUGAAGUUAUUGCAUUAAGCGAUAAUCACAGUAGGGAAAAACACCGCAAAGUACGAAUUACAGUGAGAUGCGAUUCUUUAUAUAUGUCAUGCAAAAAUGUGUUUGAAUAGAAUUUCAAUUGAUUCACUGUCAUGCCUACGGGAGAACUGUGCGAUGAAAUCUAAGGCAUUUUUCUUAGUGUGCAGAUGACAUUUAAUUAACGUCUCAAACACACGCAUUGAUUUCAAAGAAGACUAAAUAAAAUACAUGAUUUAUAUGAAAAGCAAAUAUUUAACCUUGACCGUGUAAUACAUACGUAAAUCCAUCCAAGUCGUUUGUAAGCUAUUUUUGACACAUUUUUCAAUAUAUGUGAACAACGCAAUCACAGAUUUUUGCGACAAUGGUUUUUUUUUAUCUUUUUAUUCAUAAAUAAAUUAACAUAUUUGGUCGAAUGAUUACUUUUUUAAGCAAGCAUUUGCGAACAUAAAAACAUUUUUUUGUUAUGAUAUGCUAAUCAAGAUAUCUAUGAACUUAUACACGUGUACGUAUCGUAUCGUCGGCUGUGCACCUAGCUUUACAUAUAAAUAAAUGAAAAUGUAUAUAAUGACUUGUUCUAAAGUUCGCAAAUGAUUGCUUUUUGAAAAACUCAUCGUGUGAUAUAACAUUCCUUAAAUUUCUUUUCAAUCAAGUUGUUGUUGCAUACAAAAAGCUUUCAAGCACCAAAUGAUUCUAAGCAGUUUCAAGUUAAAUGAAUUAUUCAUUAAUUUUAAUUUUUUCGGCUUGACGGCGUAAGUCACCCACAAUUCAAAUCAGCUGAUCAUCGAAAAGGUCUUCACGAUUAAUCUGCGAGGGUAUUUCUGCACCUGAAACAAGGCCAUGCGGGGACAUUUAUCAUACUUUUUUUUCAAUGUUAUCAGUUGUUAAAGAGACAACGUCUGCAAUUUAUGCAAACUUUUUAUCGGAAUUUGGAUUCAAUCACGGGGACAUUACGAGCGUUGGUUAUUAUUAACUUGGUAUAAAUAAACUUAAUGAUUUUUAAUACUACGAAGAAUCGGAAGAAAGGAAAUAAUGUUUUGAUGACCUGCAUCUUUGCAUAUUUUGCUUAUAAGCCACUCUUGCAAGUCCAGAAGAAAGGCAUAUGGAUUAAAAUUGUUCGGAAGUAGAAGAAAAAUCGGAUAUAAGUUGUAAAAAGAAUCGUAAAAUUUGCCAUAGUGGUCGAUACACCAAAGACUGAAGACCAAGAUCGUCGAGAUAUACCGUCGAUAUAUAUAAAAAAGAGGAGGAGUUUCCGUUCACACGAGUUAUGAUCUCGAUUAGCAAUAAAAGUUCGACUGCAGCACGAUUAGAUUAUCAGUUCAGAAUUGAACGCUCAUCAAGCAGCUAAGGAAACGUUACAAUCUCUA